AUGAAACCGACAGCAGCCGUUAAGCAUUCUAAGCCUAAUCCAUCGCCUCAUGCAAUGAUGUACAGGCUUUGGGCGAAGCCCGUGGGCAAAUCCUUGUCUUUACUUUUGGCCAGUUACUACGGUCUUUAUUGGACCUGGGAAUGGCUUGAAAAGGGCGAAAAAGAAUACGAAUUGCGUCAGAAGCAAAGCUCCAAGGGACCUUAG